UCCUCCUUCUUCCUUCCUCCCACUCUUUUUCUCUCUCUUCUCUUGAUGUGAUUCUCCACUAUUUAUCUCUCCCCAAAACCCAUCAACCUUUACAAAAGAGAAAGAGAACCCAGAAAAACACCAUGAAUUUUUCCUCCAUUCCUGCUUAUCUUGAUCCUUCCAACUGGCAACAGCAAGUCACCCAUCAAGUGGGAAGCAGUAGUAGCACUGGAGUUAGUUCUCAGCUUCUUCCUCCUCCGCCUCCACCUCCACCACCUCCUCCCCCACCGCCCCAUGGCGUCGGUGGCACCGGUUCGAUCCGCCCCGGUUCGAUGGCCGAGCGAGCUCGAAUGGCUAAUAUUCCGAUGCCCGAGGCAGCAUUAAAAUGCCCAAGAUGUGAAUCAACCAACACUAAGUUCUGUUAUUUCAACAAUUAUAGCCUCACUCAGCCUCGCCACUUUUGCAAGACUUGUAGAAGGUACUGGACCAGGGGUGGGGCCCUACGGAACGUCCCGGUCGGGGGCGGAUGCCGGAGGAACAAAAGAAGCAAAGGGAGCAGUUCAAAGUCGCCACCAGUCAGCUCGGACCGACAACAAACCAGCGGUUCAGCCAAUUCUUCGUCAAGUGCAAUAGCUUCCAACAACAGUGGAGGCCUUUCUCCACAGAUCCCACCACUCGGCCGAUUCAUGGCUCCUCUCCAUCAACAGCUUAGUGACUUCGACAUCGGCGGGUUCAGCUACAGCGGUGGCCUCUCAGCUCCCGCCACUGCCACCGGUGACCUGAGUUUCCAAUUGGGCAACACUAAUUUAGCUGGAGGAACAAGCAUUGGAUCUCUUUUGGGAUUUGACCAACAAUGGAGGCUCCAGCAACAACCUCCCCAAUUUCCCUUCUUGUCCGGGUUGGAUUCUUUCGACGGCAGUAGCGGUGGUGGCGGAGAGGGACCCGGUCCCGGCUGGCAAAUAAGGCCAAAAUUACCUUCGAGUUCAAGGAAUUUAACCCAAAUGGGUAAUUCAGUGAAAAUGGAAGAAACCCCAGAUCAAGUUAAUAAUGUUGGAAGACAAUUCCUUGGGAAUGAACAAUAUUGGAGCAGCGGAUCAAUGGCAUGGUCAGAUCUUUCUGGUUUCAGUUCUUCAUCUUCAACAAGAAACCCAUUAUAGAAAUGUUCAGAAUUAACUCUUUGGGAUGAACAAUGGGGCUCAAUACAUGUUUAUUUCUUCAUGUGUGUUAUCAUCAUGGUUAGCUAAAACCCUAGAACAAUAUGGUAGUUUUUUUUAUUCCUUUUCAAAAUCAUAUCUUCUUGGGGGUUUCCCCCCUCUUUUGUUUAGUUUUAGUAUUUAGGAUUGGAGUUGGGAAUUAUGAGAAGUGAGAACAUUAUAUUACCAUAUAGAUUAUUAUUGGAUCAGACUUGUGUGUUUCUUCCUUGAUAUAUG